AUGAGUUUUUCAUUUUUUAAUAAGGUAUGGGCCUCUAAUGAAUCCAAACCUCCAGGGGGUACUUUAUUCGUAGUAGGUGAUGGCGAGGUCUACGGCGAAAUUGGAUUAGGUGAUAUGCCUCAUGUAUAUGAUCCUACUAUCGUGUUUGAUAUGGAAUAUGAAUCAGUUAUCGAUAUAUCAUCCAGCAGACUGCAUACACUAGCAGUAACUCGGAGUGGAACUAUUUGGAGCUGGGGUUGCGAUGAUUAUGGUGCUCUGGGCAGAACUGGGUAUGCGGCAAGUCCAAGACCUAUAACUCACCCAAGUAUUAGAUAUAUUAGGUUCAAAAAGGUAGCUUGUGGAAAUUCUAUGUCGAUGGCUAUUAAUUCAAAAGGCCAAUUAUAUACAUGGGGAAGUUUUCAUUCUGAUCAUGGAAUCUUUGGAUAUUUACCCAACAUUGUCAUUCAAAAAUACCCUCGGAUUGUCAACAGCGUGGCCGAUUUACGCUUUAUCGAAAUUGCAGCAGGUGCGAGCCAUUGUCUUGCAUUAGACGAUCAAGGUCAGGUGUAUUCUUGGGGUUGUGGCGAAUUUGGUCACUUAGGUCGGCCAGACCUUCAAAAUAACGAAAAUAGACGCUUAAAGCAAUGUCUGAUACCUGUGCGACUUGAUGGUCUGAAAGACAUAGUAGCAAUCGCAUGUGGUGCUUUUCACUCUCUAGCCUUGGAUAAAGAUGGACAUUUAUAUUCAUGGGGAUUGAACCAUUUUCAACAAUGCGGAUUGCUCGAGAAAAUUGAUGAUGGCAAUAUCAAUUUCAAACAAGCCAAUGAAGUCAUAGAUAGGCCAACGAUGGUGCCUUAUUUCUGCGAACAGAAUGCUGAAUUAAAACGAAAUAAUGAUGGCCUUUCUUCAACUCGUACCAAAAUGGCGCAAAAUGGACCACGGACAGAACGCUUUAGUGAGAACAAUAGCAAAAAUGAUAAAGAACAAUUAACUGAUAACUACGACAAACCCAAGGCACUGUUAAUAGCAGCAGGAGAUUAUCACUCGGUUGCUGCCAUGAGCGACAACACAUUAAGAGUUUGGGGCCGGUGUGAUAACGGUCAAUUAGGGAUUAUAAUCUAUCCCGAUUAUGUUUAUCCUGCCUCGUUCAAAACGCCUGAGGUCGACAGAAUUUACGCUAUUGGAUAUCCAACAAGUAAUUUGUGGAGGUGCAGUGAGAAAAUCGAAAAGAUCAUUUGUGGUGCUGAGCACACAUUAAUAAUGUCAAAAUAUGGAAGAGUUUGGGGUUAUGGUCAAAAUGCGAGCAAUCAAUUGGGACUCUUUCAUUGCCGAGAAAAUGUCGCUAUACCUACAUUAUUGAAUCCAAUCAAUAACAAAGGGGCAGUUGUCAAUAUCGCAGCUGGUGAUCAAUGCAGUAUGUUUGUCAUUAUUGAAGAUGAUAAGCAGUUUGUAAAGGUUGAAGAAAUGUGUUGA